GGGUAAUUUUGCACUUCUACGCGCGCAGAGCAAGUUCAAAUAUAGCCGACAUUAGAACUGUGUAUAGCUUUAUUCGCACGAGCACAAGCACAUUGAGCGAGUACCACACAGCCGGAAGACAUGAGGGUCCUGGUAUUAGCAAUGGUGGUGGCGGUGGCCUUCGCCGCUGACGAAAAGAAGCCAGCCGAGCCCGAGGCAGCGGCUGCAACCGAGACGAAAAAAGACAAACGCGGUCUUUUGCUGGGCGAUUACCACGGACACGACCUGUUCGGUCAUCAUGGCCACCAUCUCGAUCUUCAUCAUCAUCAUGUGCCAGCAGUGCAUCAUGUGCCAGUGCACGUACCAGUUCACCACACGGUGGUUAAACACGUCGGCGUCCCGAUUCAUGUGCCCAAACCCUAUCCAGUCCAUGUGCCCGUUGACCGGCCUUACCCUGUGAAGGUUCCAGUUGAGGUGCCAAAGCCCUACCCGGUGCCAGUGCCGGUACCGCAGCCCUACCCGGUCAUCCACACGAAACACGUAGCCGUGCCAGUGGAGAAGCCCUACCCGGUCCACGUACCGGUCAAGGUGCCGGUUCACGUACCAGCUCCUUAUCCCGUCAAGGUACCAGUCCACCAUCACGUGCCAGUGCCGGUCCACGUGCCCCAUCCAGUCGUAGUUAAGGAGAAAAUCCCCGUUUACAUCAAGGACCAUCAUCACCACGACCACUAUGAUCAUGGCCAUCUCCAUGGUCUGCAUGGUCUUCACGGGCACUACUUUUAAGUUGUAACUUAAACUUAACUUGCUUUUGCGCGGCUCGAGUUAUCGCCUAUGUACGUCACGCAGCCAAGCAGAGACAAUCACUCGACGAAGACGGACGUCAGCCACCCUCUAAUGACCACUACCACUGAAAUCGGCAAUGCAUCGACGGUUCGCCGUACUUCUUUCAAGGAUUAUCGUUCAUCUGUAAAUGAAAGAAACAUCUCUUUGAUGCAUAAAAAGUACGAACGAGUCCCGAUGAUGGAGCUCGGCCUAUCAAUGUCGAAUACUCCACGCACCGCGACCAAAACGUUUACCACUGCAGAGAUACAAAACAAAACAAAAACCAGAUAAUGUAAUUAAAUAUAUAGCGCCAUUAUACUGAAAUAUUCAUAUUAAUGUGCAUGUAUCUUUGCAAAUAUAAUGUGUGUAAUUCAUCA